CUAGUAGUGGUGGUGGUGCGAGCAGCGCCGGUAGUAAGCAUGUUGUGGUGGUGAUGGAUGCACUCAGGGAGUUCUCAACAAAGCCUUUGGAGUGGGCUCUUGAGCAUGUUGUUGAGCCCGGGUACACGCUCACUCUACUUGGAGUCAUGCCAUGGCUUAGCCUCCCACUGUUAUGCAAGACAUGGCUGGAUAUAUGGACAUUGGACCCUGGCGAUCUGUCGAACAUUCAAGAUAAGUCCGAAUGGAAGAACGAUCCUAAGCAUCAGAGACUACGCACCAUGGUUGAUCUUUGUGACGCUCGCGGAGUUGUGCUUCUAAUGAAGGUUGUCAUGGGCUAUCCUGUAAAACUGAUGGUUUUGGAGCAAACAACAAAUCUGCAUGCAUCAUGGAUUGUCUUUGACAGAUAUCAAAGGAAGAGAAGAUCCUUCUACAAAAGGAGAAUCCCUUGCAAUAUGGUGAUGAUGAAGGAAGAUGGAAUGGUUGAUGUACUUAGAGUUAACCCGGUGAUCGAUAGCCGCGAAACCCCAACAUCUUUAAUGUCAUCAGCACUGCAAACCCCAGGUCCGAAGCUCAUCAGUUGCACGCAGUGGAUAGACUUUCUUCACAAUGAUUCCAGAAGGAGAGAAGGAUAGAAAAUGUGCCCAUUUCAUAAACUAGCUUUCACUAUGGGAAAUAAUUC